AAAGAAAGAUAUAGGAAAGGAGGGAGAAAAAGAGUAAAAGUAAAAGAGUGAGAUGGUUAUGAGAGAGGGGGAGAUCGUGAAAGAGUAUUAGUUCAGCAAUGGCUCUCGGUUUAUCGGUGGAAAUAUUCGCUUCUGUAGUUGCUGGAAUUAUUUCACAAAGACGUUGGGAUGGUAACGGACGACUUGGAUUGUACUGUGUACCACGAAAACCUAGUAGCUAAAUUAACUGGAUUAAUUCACCACGCCAUAUAUACAUACGUUAUAUAUAUACAAUUCAUUCACUAUAUUUAUAUACAUAUAUAUCACAUAUAGAUAUCUUGUAUACAUCACUUAUUCUUACUCAAUUUAUUUGUUGAAAUUUGGACUUAAAUACCUACCUAUCUACUGAACUUUCCAGGCAACCACUCGAAACCGUGGUUCCACUAGAGUCAACAUUGUAAAGAAAGAAACAAAUAAGAACAAAAAUCAAAAACAAAAAAUAUACCUUCAAAGAACCACCAAUGAACUAUGUGGCCCAUUAUAGGCCACCCAACUUUAACGAGUUUGUUAACGGUGUGCUUAUUAAACCCUACCUUGGUCUCUUUACUGGCGUUUGCUUCGGUAUUCGACAACUUGCCUGCAAAUUAUCGCGCCUGUAACAUCAAACCAGUCUUCAAAGAUUCACCAUUCAUUAAAGCCUUUACAGAAGUGGCCGAGAAUGGUCACGGAUGUUUCAGCAAUGAGACUGUCAAUGGCAGUGAAGUCCAUGUUGUCUUUCUAAGUAACCGCUUCAGGAUCAAUGGAGAAGUUUACCUGGAAAUAAUCACAAAAAAUAAAAGGCAAAGCCAUCCUAAUCCAUUAAUUAUUAUCCUGGGUUCCCGGAAGCAAGUAACAUGGAAAGUUCGCUUACCAAAUAUAGACAGCGGCAGAGGUGAACAUCUAAUUGUUACAUAUCUCCGUUCGACGGUAAAGUUCAUCAAAAAGUUGGAUUACGUAGACAUCAGUAAAUAUGGAAACUUUCCAACCCGUGCCAAGAAACUUCUGAAAUGGGUUAGCAACAAGUAUCAGGUCAUAACAUCAUACACUCGAUUUCAUUCCAGGAGUCGACAUCUACGGCUGCAAGUCGGAAUAAAUUCAAAAGCACCACCACAGUGCAUUUUACGGAAGAAUGCAGAAAUGCCUUAUGCGUCUACAAUUUCCUAUAAUAGCAUACCGUUUGGAGGCUGUGCAGUAACCACAAACCAACACUAUUCUUUUAGCCCAAAACAUAUAAUUGAGGUUAGUGGAGCCAGGAAAUCACCCUUAAAUGAAAUCAUUAUUGAACUUCGGCCUUACAAUGUUAAAAACCCAAAUGUUAGAAUAACACUUGUAUUGAAAGCAUCGGAUGAUAACGUUGUUUGGGUUAUUCGUUCACGCAAAAUUAUGGGUUCCUUGGAUAUUUAUUCUAAUAAUGGAGUGAAAACUGAACACGUGAUGAUGCAACGAGUUGCACAGAACAGGGAAAAGCUGUAUGAAAGUGGACACAAAUUAGUGAAUUGGGUAGGAGAACACACCUAUGGCUAUAUAUCAUCCUAUACCAAUGUCUCUCGUGUGGACAAGAUCACACUUUCUGUUGAAGGCACCACAUUAGACCAAUCCUUCAAACCAGACAAACCAAAGAAAACGAAACCAGAAAUAGGAGAUCCUUCCCUCGUGUCUCCAUUUGCAAACCCUGUUAAAACGAAAGCAGCACUCCAAGCGGCAAUGCAGACAUCAUGUUUUCCUGAUGGCCUUGUAGUUCAUAUUAACAGAAGUCUAACAAAGAUGUAUGGUUUGAAACACGAUCAGAUCACACUGGAUGACCCAAUCUGCCGUGCCGAGAAGAUCAACAACUAUUUUGUGUUGAGAUCCAGCUACAGUGACUGUCAGACCAUUCCUCAUAAAAGUUCUCCACUUAAAUAUUCUAAUAAGCUUAAAAUUCACCACGCACGGAUAUCACAGCCUUUACAACCUCUACAACCUUCCAAAGUGACUCAGUUCGAAGGUUCUGGCAUUCGGAACGACGCCAGCGAUGGCACCGACGAUGAUGAUGAUGAUAACUACGAGAAGAAGCAAGGUUCUGGCUCAGGCUAUUUGCUUCCUCUCGAUGACACACACAUGGAUGAUGAAGACUACCGCUUCCAAAAUAUCAUGAUUGAUUUCAGCUGCUCCCCCAGCAAAAAGAUAUCUCCCAACUUGAAAUAUCAUCUUGAUUUCUAUGAUGAUCCUUUUUACAGUAACCUUUAUGAUAGCUCACCUUUCUAUACGACCAAAGAGAAGUACAUUUACGUUAAAGCAAGAGUUUCUGGAGAUUUACAUUAUGGAGUGCAAGUAUUGAAUUGUGCCUUGACGGAAUAUGGAAGAAGUAUACAACCAUUGCUGGACAAGGGGUGUCCUUCUCUACAUAGUGGACUCAAGUGGCAACUGAAUAAUCAAUUAGGUACUGAGUAUUUCAGUUUUCGGGUGAACCCACAUGUUGCUGAAGGCACUGAACAUCACCUGAGUUGUACAGUAAUUACAUGUGCCAAAGAUAUCACUCUGGAAACUGGGACAUGGAAAACUCGUCAGUGCAUUGCUCCAAAAGAAUUUUGUUCUGCUUAUGAUGAGCAUAAUAGCUUUGUUGGGGUGCAGUUAGUGAAAGUUAUAAGCGAGGGAUCUUUCAUUGUUCACUCAGGAAAAUCUUUAUCACGCAAUAAGAAUAACAGACUUCCAAGUAAAACCAGUAUUAAACAGGUCACUGUACAAGGCCUGGAAUCAGGCACAGUAAUUGGAAUAGCUUUUUCAGCAUUUAUCAUUGGUGUGCUUCUUACAGCUACCUUGUGGUUCAUACAGGUAUAUACAGACCCACAAAAGCGAGAAGCUAAGAGACGCAUAGAGGGCUCAACAACAGAGACCAGUGCAGAUUCGACACCAUGCUCGUUCAGUCCAAUCUCUAUGUAAUGGUUACAUUAUCAGGGGAAUGAAUAAUGUGCACAUCCAACUUACAUGUGCAUAUGUUGUAUUACGGGUUGCACACUCUGUGUGCUUGUAUGUAUGCACGCAUGCAUGCAUGUGUGCUUGUGUAUGUAUAUAUAUAUA